AAGCUUUCAUGACAAGUCAAACAGUUUGAGCCAACUUCAGGGCAGAAGACACACAUCUGUCAGACAGACAAUCAGGCCGUCAGACAGGUCUUUGUCCUCUGCAUCGCUCCUACAGACACCGAAGGAACAGUCACACCGGGCCGGGACAGGCUUGGGAAUCGAACCAGCGACCAACCGGCAGGCGCAUAACAAGUAGUGAUACGAUGGCUGUCACGGCGAGGGCAGUGGUCUUUCUGUCUCUCUGGUUGGCUGUGUGUCAGGUCAGAGGCUCCCACGUCCCUCUGAAGAUGAACAGAACCAUCCAGAACCUCCUGCAGCACUAUAGGAUUGCACCUAAGGACAGAUUUAAUGGGAAGCCUGUCUUCUCCAGAGAGCCACUGGCUGGAAAAAUGGAGGCUAAGAAGGUGUUUAUGGGUGGCGUUUUGGACAAGUACGAAAAGCUGAUUGACCAGAUGUUGAAGCAGCUGCCCACCCAGAGUCCCCAGACCGCCAGGAGCAAUGAGGAUCCGGCCUCUGCGGUCAUCCCCACUGCCGGCACCGCCGGUGGAGCUAAGACGGGAGCUGGUGGAAAUGUCAGGAGGGGGCUGGAGGACAUCCUGGAUAUGGUCCAGAAGCUGAGGAAACGCUAUUACCAGGAGCAGGAGAAGCUUCUGCAGGGACUGCAGUCUCUCAACGACAUCCAGAUUGAUAACUUUGUCAUCCAGAGCAAAGCAUUGUGGGAGCUGCCGUGGCUCUACGAGGAGGCGAGCUUACUGUCCGAAAACACUGAGAUGCAGCGGAGGCAACGGCGGCGGCGGCAAGCACGGAGGGUCAAAACUCACCUGAGAGCCUGAAACGCGAACAGGCACAACAAAGACGGCAACAGUGACGGCAACGGAACUAAAACGUAAUAACGUUAAAGCACAGACGCGGGAAUGAUGACGAGGUCUGAAACAGUUAAAAUAACAUGAGAAAUAUUACACAACCAAAAAAUUUACACCAGUGUGCCAAUUUUUUACUUAUUUCUGUUUUUAGAGGUUAUUAAAGAGAUGAUUUCAUAGAUAUUUAUUACAAUGAUUGUGAACCAGCAGCCUAAGCCUAAGAAAUCUCAUAAUUUUGUAAAAUUUUAAGAUAUUUUUAAGAAAGUUUGGUGUUCGAUACUUGAAAGCAGUGUGGCGGUUUGAUCCUAUGAAAUAUUCACUUUAUCCAUCACCGUAUUUAUCACCUGGAAAUACUUGAUUUUUUCCUGUUUAGAAACUACUUAUGAUUUAAUGCUCAGAAAAUCAGGCAGAUAGAAUAAUAACAUUUUAAGCUUUGUGAUUGGAUGCCUCUCCAGCAACCCCCCCACCAACCCCCCCACUCUACUGCGUAAAAGAACUGAUGAUGAUGAUGAUGAUGAUGAUGUUUACAGUAGAAAGUACAUCAUAGUUUUAUGCUGACGUACUUAAAUGUACUACAGGUACUCUGAACAUUCUGGUACAGCACUGGAGUACUUCACUGCAGCACAGCUACUCUGCAGCUGUAGUAGAAGUACGAUACUCUUCAGGGAUUUUUGUAUUUUCUUAACGUAAUUAAUGUUGUAAUUUUCUAUAUUUAUUUUAUAUUUAAAGUGUCUAUUUAAUGGUUAAUCACACUGCUGUGACUGAUUGUUGAUUAUUUAUUGUGUAUUUAUUGAUUGGCACAUGCAGACAAAUGCAGCUGAAUAAAACUGGAUCAACUUCA